AUGACAAAGGGUACCCGCUUCCUUACCCUCGCCAUCCCCGUACUCUUCAUCUACAUCUUGGCCCUCUAUCAGAUCAUCCCUGUUCCUCUCCUUUCUUCCCAGUCAGCAGAAGCGGUUCUUCCCGUUCUUCCAUGGUGGCUCCUCGUCUCUUUCGGGUCGUACUCGCUCUCGUCUCUCGGCCUGGGGCUUGUGAGAUUUCACGAUACGCCAGAGGCAUACGAGUCGUUACUCGGGGAGAUCUCUCAGGCAAAGAAUGAGCUGAGGAAUGCGGGGGUUGCUGUUGAUUAG